GUCAUCAGCUCACGCAGCAGAGUUGUAUCCUCACACAGUACUACGUACCUUCUAUGGCGGUGGUGGAAAGUGGGAAGCUUGUCUGCAGAAAUUGUCUGUUGCCCAAAUUACGUUGCUGAAACUUACGUUGUCCCAAAAUUGGCGGAAUGGUUGGUGUGCAACAAAUGGUUUCUACUUUGUAUGGUUCUCGGGUAAGCAUCAAUCUUGACAGAGCGUGAGUGUGGUUGUAGGCAAAAAGGAUAGCCAGCACUCGAUCUGCUGUGCUUUGAAGUUCUCUUCUGAGGAAUUGCAUCUACUGGAAAGAUGAUUUUCUUGUGCUGGUCUCCUCCAUCACGUCAAGAACAGAAAGCAUGUGUUGACAAGUCUGGUGUCUUCAAUUACGAUAGCAAAUAUUUAGGUGCCACUGCUAAGCCUGCUUUGAAAAUUAAGCAAGACAGGGAGCUGUCGGACAAGGGUUUUCUAGUUAACCAUGCCCGUGUUUUAGUUGGUUCGGGUCUUGAGACUUUUGAGAAAGGCAAAAGUGCUCUUCAGAAUUGGAGGCAUUUUAGCUUGAACUGGGCAUUUGUUGAUCCCAAGACUCCAAUUCAGAGAGGGGUGAAGUUUUGCGUUUGCACUAAGGCAAUUUUCCCAUGGCUUUUGAUGCCUUUAGAAGUUGUUUAUGUUGAUGAAUCCAGGAAUGCUUUGGCCUCAUUUAGUUUUGGCAGUGGAACUCUUCACGGACACCUACUGGCAGGGGAAGAACGCUUCUCAAUUACAAUGGACGAGAAGAACAAUGUCUGGUACGAAAUACUUUCAUUUUCAAAGCCCGCGAACUUUCUGUCGCUUAUUGGGUACCCUUAUGUACUCCUGAAGCAAAAGCAUUUCGCUCGCGACUCCACACUGGCAAUGCAGAAACAUUUAUCUGCCAAGUGAUGUAUCCUUCACUUUGACUCUCUUCACUGUAAUAUACCACUAUGCUGUUGCUUAAUGAUAUUAGUCAUGCUAGAGUUUUUCUUUCUUUUCAAAGGAGGAUCAAAGCUUCUCCUCUCCGGGACUCGAUUCAGUGACAUAUCUUUCAGAAUAAUAAAAUAAAGUAUCACAAUUUGGCCA